AUGAGCUCAGCUCCAGUGCUGCCAUAUCCUCAGGCAGUAGCCAUCCAGACCCUCUCUGCCAUCGCCAUUUUGAUUAGUCUGCCACCUCUCGUCUUGCAUUGGAAGAACCGAAACUUCCCGGCGGCUAGUUUGAUAUGUUGGUUCUUGGUUCUCGAUCUCUUCAAUAUCACCAACGCUUUUAUCUGGCCUGGAGACGACAUUGAGAACUGGUGGGAUGGUGAAGGCCUUUGCGAUGUGGAGGUCAAGAUCUUGACUGGUGCCUACGCUGCAAUACCUGGAACCUUGGUCUGUAUCUUUCGGAAUCUGGCUGCUGUGCUAGAUACUAGGCGUGCAACUCUUGUCCCGACCAAGCGCCAGCGGCGGCAGAGCCAUGGCAUAGAGCUCAUGUUCUGCCUCGGUAUUCCACUUAUUACUGCGCUACUGCAUAUGGUUUAUCAGGGCAAUCGCUACUUUAUAUUUGCUAUUUCGGGUUGUGUCACUGGUCUCGAUGAGAGCUGGGUUAGUCUCGCUUUGGGCUACAUAUGGCCGUUGGUGAUCUGCCUGAUAGGAAACUACUACUGCGGGCUUGUGCUCUACCGUCUCCAUCGGUACCGCAGUCAAUUCGGUGACAUCAUUCGCUCUGCAAAUAGCGGCCUAAACAAGUCCCGCUUCCUGCGGCUUUUCUCUCUCUCCUUCGUUAUGAUGCUGGCUCUUACCCCGACACAAGCUUUCAUGGUCUAUCGGAAUAUCUCACUCAACCUACCGUGGCAUUCCUAUUCAUGGACCUACAUCCACGAUUAUGCAUGGUAUGAAAUAGUCAAAGUCCCGACAAACGGGGAGGUUUUCUUCGAUCGAUGGAUUCCGGUUAUUGCAGGGUUCAUGUCAUUUAUCUUUUUUGGAUGUGGCAAAGAUGCAUUGAGCAUGUAUCGUUCAAUCCUCCGAUUCUUCGGUCUCGACUGCUGUUUCCGCACUCCGCAGUCUUCUUCAGCAGGAAGUUUCGCGCAAAACACUUCCAGGUCUUCCGGCAGCCGAGUAAGGUUGCUGUUUGCGAGAAAUUCGAAACAAAACGCUAGAGGGAUUGCGAAUACUUCUUGCCGUACCGAUUCCAGCAACGGUAGCUACGAGGAUAUAGAAAAGGGGUCCCCGCCAUCCGAACCAUCGAAAAGGCCUGGAAGAUUUUCAUGGCCUAAAAGCCCUUUCUCCUGGUUGCGUCAUCCCUUUUCUUCUUCGAGCCAUAAGGGAGUACCCUCUGCCCCGCGCCUGGCAGUCCCAUCGAACACAGUCUCCACGAGUGCCUGGGCUGGGAGUAGCCAGAGCCGGGGCAGCAUCGAUCUCAAUACAUCUCCCACACAAAAGGAUUUUAUUCGGGUUAAGCAGGUGAUCAGACAAGAAAGCAAGGUGCGGGUCUGA